ACCACCCGUUCUUUAAGUUCCCUCCUCCCCUUCUUCGACUCCUCCCGCCCACCUCCUUCUGUGCAGUAUUCCCUUCUCUCUUGCACCAGGUUUUCCAAAUCUUCCCUCUUUCUUCCUCCCAUCCCUCCCUUGCUGCGAUACGGCCCGGCCGUACUUUUACCGCUUUCUUCGAUCUGCCCUAUUGCUACCCAGAAUCACCCCGCUCAUUGCUUCCCCGCUUCAGUCUUGGGGAUAGUUGCAGUUCAACUCACUCGCGCAAUUCGCCCCUGAUCUUUAUAUCUCGGUGUUCACGGACUCGAGGACUUAUCUUCCCACCUAUACCGACUUUAUCCGGAGAGCUUUCAAAAUGAGUAGCCCUAAGCGGAGAAUCGAGACAGAUGUCAUGAAGAUGUUGAUGAGUGACUACGAGGUGACUCUGGUCAACGAUAACAAAUUCUACGUGCGCUUUAAGGGUCCGGAAGAGACACCCUUCGCCGGUGGCCACUGGAAGAUUCACGUUGAACUACCCGACCAGUAUCCAUACAAGAGCCCUAGUAUUGGCUUUGUCAACCGGAUCUUUCACCCGAACAUCGAUGAGCUGUCGGGCUCUGUAUGUUUGGAUGUCAUAAAUCAAACUUGGUCACCGAUGUACGAUAUGAUCAACAUCUUCGAAGUCUUCCUUCCUCAACUCCUGCGCUACCCGAACCCUUCGGACCCUCUGAACGGCGAGGCAGCGGCUAUGCUCAUGAGGGAGCCGAAAAGCUACGAGGCAAAGGUGAAGGAAUACGUGGCCAAGUAUGCCAGCAAAGAAGCUGUCGACGAGGCCGGAGAAGACACCGAGUCAGAAGACGAACUGAGCUCGGCAGGUAGUUACGAAUCCGGCGGCGAAGAGCCAGCCGGCACAAUGGACGAUGUUUAGCUCGUCUGUCUUAGACCUGGUUUGGACAUCCAACCCCAAUAUAUUGCAUCGGCAUCAUCAUCAUUAUCUUUCGUUCGGGUCUUACGUUCACUACUUUUCUCGGGUGUCAGGCGGAAGGGCGUUUAUGGCGGAGUUCUGUUGUUCA